AAAAGUAUUCCCAGUUCAGGCCGUCAGAUCUUCAUGAACCUGAAACCUGGACUCAGUUGCAGGGGAAAACUGCCACAUUGUGACAUCUGUGUGGAGGCCCUAGGCUCCUGGUGCAUCUCAGCAGUCCAGGGUAGCUCACCCUGUCACCUCCCCUGAAGAGAACAGCAGUUGACUUUACUACAAGGAUCUGAGGCCUAAGUGUGCUGGAGUCCCAAUACUAAAGGGAAACUGAAGAGACCGCUGUAGACAGAGUGUGGAGCCGAGAAUGAACUUGGUUUGAGCCUGGGAUCAGUUUCGUGGGUAGGCAGAGAAGAGCAGGAGAGACUGUGACCCCAAGAACCAGAGAGACACAUAGCCAAGUAAGGACAGGUGCAGCCUGGCUUGGGCUACUUCCUCAUGGCCUCCAAGCAGGCUGCAGCCAAGGGCAAGGGGGAGAAACGGAAGCGAGUGGUGCUGACCCUGAAGGAAAAGAUUGACAUCUGCACUCGUCUGGAGCGUGGGGAGAGUAGGAAGGCACUGAUGCAGGAGUACAAUGUGGGCAUGUCCACUCUGUAUGACAUCAAAGCCCACAAGGCCCAGCUGCUCAGGUUCUUCGCCAGCUCAGAUUCUCGCCAGGCGCUGGAACAGCGGCGUACCCUGCAUACCCCGAAGCUGGAGCAUCUGGACCGGGUGCUCUAUGAAUGGUUCCUGGUAAAGCGUGCUGAGGGUAUCCCUGUGUCUGGCCCCAUGCUCAUCGAAAAGGCCAAGGACUUCUACAAGCAGAUGCGGCUGACAGAGCCCUGUGUGUUCUCUGGAGGGUGGCUUUGGCGCUUCAAAGCCAGGCAUGGGAUUAAAAAGCUAGAUGCCUCCAGUGAGAAGCAGGUGGCUGACCACCAAGCUGCUGAGCAGUUCUGUGGCUUUUUCAGGAGCCUCGCAGCUGAGCAUGGGCUGUCUCCUGAGCAGGUGUACAGUGCUGAUGAGACUGGUCUUGUCUGGCGGUGCUUGCCAAAUUCUAGCCCGGAUGAUGGGACUGUGCCCCACUUCAAACAGGGCAAGGACAGGCUGACUGUCUUAAUGUGCGCCAAUGCCACAGGCUCACACAGAAUCAAGCCUUUGGCCAUUGGGAAGGGUGGCGGCCCCAGGGCCUUCAGAGGCAUCCAGCACCUGCCUAUUGCUUACAAGGCCCAGGGUAAUGCCUGGGUAGACAAAGAGAUUUUCUCAGACUGGUUCCAUCAUAUAUUUGUCCCUUCAGUGAGAGACCACUUUAGAGCCAUAGGCUUACCGGAAGACAGCAAGGCAAUUCUCUUGCUGGACCAUUCCCGGGCCCACCCACAGGAGUCUGAGCUGGUGUCAGAGAACGUCUUCACUAUCUUCCUGCCCUCCAGUGUGACCUCCUUACUACAGCCCACAGAGCAAGGCAUUCGCAGAGCCUUCAUGAGGCUCUUUAUUAACCCUCCUGUGGCCUUACAGGGCUUCCCCACCCGCCAUAACAUAAAUGAUGCCAUAGUCCACGUGGCCUGUGCCUGGAAUGCCGUGCCUAGCCAGGUCUUCAGGCGGGCCUGGAGGAAACUGUGGCCAACUGUCACAUUCACUGAAGGCUCCUCUGAGGAGGAGGCAGAGUGCUGUACCGUCAAACCUCACAAGACUUUCGCACACAUCCUUGAGCUUGUAAAAGAAGGGCCCUCCUCUUCUGGCAGCUGGCUUCAGGACAGCAGGGUUGAAGAGCGAGUUCUGGUAGGGAGGGACAUAGAUGAGGCCCCCGCUGUUGUGGCACCGUCCCAGGUCACUGGGUGUGCAGAAAAGUCAGAGAAAGAUGCUGGUGAGGAUGAGGAGGCAGCCUGGGAGCAAGCAGCCACAUCCUUUGAGGCACUUGUGCGCUUUGCAGAGCAGCAGCCGUGUUUCAGCGUGCAAGAGGUGGGGCAGCUGCAGGCACUGCACACAGUGUUCAGGAGACGGCAGCAGCUGAGGCAGCCCUGUGUGGCUCUCAGGGCUGUGAUCAAACUCGAGGCCCUUCAGGAGCACCCUGGUGUGUGCAUGGCCACAACCCACUCUGCCUUGCCUUGCUCAUCCACAGCAGGUGACAACUAAAGUACCUGUCCGUGCCUGCUGACCCUCUGCAGCUCUGCUCUGUGGCAUGUGUAGCUGUAGUCGGGCUUAGUCUGCCUGCAAGGGAGGAGAGCGUACUGAGAUGAGCGAGAGAGCAAGCAGACUCGGGCCCCAGGAGCAUGGCUCCUGUCAAGGUUGCUCCUUGUUUACAGAGGAUUCCAUUUGUUCUGGCUCGUGGUUUACUGUAUCUCCUAGCACAGAUAAUGUAUAAUUUGAAUGGCAGGAGACCUGGUGCCCUCUUUCUCAGGAGCCUCCCCUAGCUGCAGCUGGGUCUAGUGGGCCAGUUCUGUGUCUGGUGUUGGAAAACUGAGCCACGUUAUCAGGUUGAAGUGCCUUGAGGGGUGCACCUCCAGCCCUCAGGAGGCUCGUUCUCCUCAACUGGUGGACCCCAAGCCUGGUCCUGAGGGCACUGGCUUCAGCGUCUGACCUCAGUGUUCACAUCCCCCACUGCUAGUUGUAAAGGUACCAUGCCAUCUUCUUGGUCUGCACCCACCUCAGCCAUCGACAAACAAAUUCAACAGCAGGCUCUGUAGUGUCCCUGUCAACAGCAGAUCCUACCCAUGGGGUUCAGGUCUCACAAAGAUGCUGUGUGCUAUUUUCAGCAUUGCUGAGGCCAACAUGUGCCCAGAAGUCUGUGCUGCCCAGAACUUCAAAGUAACAGCCUUUAUGUGAACAGUUUGUAAAGUCACAGAACAGAAUAGCACUUGGUGGCUUGGAGUUCAACAGGGGGUAGGUGGUCUAGCAGUACUCCAAUGGCAUAUGAGUCUGCCCUGGUUGGUUCCAUGGAGACCAGCUGUCAGAGGACAUGACUGUUUUCCUGACAUUGGAGCUGCUGUGCCUGUGACUCCCAGUGUCCUUGUCUGCAGCGGUUAGCUCUCUGUUCUUUCACCGUGGCUUUGUCCUUGACCUUCACUCCCUCUGGGAUUUCUGUGGCUGUAUUACCACAGUUUUCAUUCCAGUGGUCGACAGCUGCUACACCAAGAAACUUUUGUUGGAACCUGUGAGAGCCAGAGGGGUUUGGGGAAUGUUGGUUUGUAUUUCUGUAUCUGUCCAAACACUGAGGAUGGUCAUUGCAGACAGCUCUAGUAGUGGAUGAGUGUUGUCUUGCUUCACCUGCAUGUGUGAAUAUUAUAACGAGGUUGUUUUCAGAA